UUUUUAACUCCACAACCACACUUCCUCUUCACUCUUCUUUUCAAACACACUUUACCAAACAUUCAAGAAUCACUCCAUCACCUUUAUUUCUAAUUGAAUCACAACAUCUUUAACCCGAAGCAUCUUCUCUUUUCUCUUCUCCUUCACAACCACACUCCCUUGACAAUAAUAAUAAUAAUGUCUCAUUCUCCAUCCUCAAAUUCAGUCAGUGGCUUCCUUAACUUCCUCGCUCGAGAGCUCGACGGUCUCGAAAACCUCUUCCUAUCUCAGAACUUCAUGUCGUUCGACUUCCUUUCGAACGUUCUCUCGUCCCUAAGAUCCUUCCACACCAAACUCAUCAUUUUGGCCCAAAAGCUAAAGCUAAGGGUCGGAGAAAAAUGGCUCGACGAGUACAUGGACGAGACCUCCCGCCUUUGGGAGGCCUGCCACGUCAUCAAGUCGGGCGUGUCCAACAUGGAGGCCUACUGCUCGAGCGGCGCCAACUUGGCGACUUUUCUCGACGAUCAUCGUGUCUUAAACUCGCAGCUUUUUAGACAGGUCACACGAGCAAUCAACCGUUGCCAGAGAGAAACCAUCCCCUUACAACACGAGAACAGGCGCAUAGCCGAGACCAAAAUCCAAUCCCUAUCUCUAAAAUUCAAAGACAACUUCUUAUCCGAACUACGGUACAAUAAAUACAACGGCUUCCAAGGCGCGCUUUACGCCCUAAAAAACGCAAACACAUUGCUUCUCGCCAUACUUCUAAGCGGGCUCGUCUACUUCUGGCCCGAGACCAGCUUCUGCCGAGAGAACAACCAAGAAGAGAUCGUAAGCCCGUUUAUUGGCUCCAACUUCGUGGCCUCAAGCGCUAGUCUACACGACAGGAUUGUGACUGUGGUAGCCUGUCUUGGGCUUGAGCCCGGAGUUGUUCUUUUUGAGCUUCGGGCAGCGAAAUUCGCGUUGGAUGAGCUGAAAAUGGCAAUCGAGGGUACGGAUUUCGGGUAUGAGAGCGAAAUUGGUAUCGAUAUAGACGAGAGAGUCGAGAACUUGAGGAGUUGUUUCGGGAUUUUGCAGUGUGGGGCAGAGGGGAUAACGGGGCAGUUGGAUGAUUUCUUUGACGAGAUUGUGGAGGGAAGGAAGAUGCUUUUCGACUUGUGCUCAAAUAGAUAGAGAGAUUUUUGAGGUGAUCAAAGUGAGUUUAGCUUAGGUAGAUGAGAUGUAGGGUUGGGAAAGUUUUGUUUAUGGAUGUUAUUAUUGUUGGUUUUGGGGUUGUGCAUUUUUUUUUUCUUUCUUUUUUUU